UUAUAGCGUAACCAUGAAGACCGCAGUUUGCUACACUAUCGCCCUCGCAUGCUGUAUCGGCCUUGCCCUCGCCGACUGGGAUGCCCUCGGAUAUGGAGGAGGUUAUGGAGGGUACGGAGGUAUGGGAGCCUCACUUGGCGGAUAUGGCGGCUACGGCAAGGCCAGCUACGUACCUGUCUACCCAAACACAAAUAGAGGCGGAAUUGGUAACGGAGGCAUUAUUGCAAUGAUCGGUUUGUUGGUCAUCUUGUUCACUUUGUUUGGAAGCAACACCGGAAAUGACGAUCAGAUCGUCCUCAUCAACUCCACAGUGAGCGGUUAAAUAUAGUGUUGUUACCCUAGCAACGGUUAAAACAAUGUUAGUAUGGUAAAUUCCUCAACUUUUUGAUUUAGAGAUUAGUGCCACAUCAUCAACAGUCCACGAAAUAGCUGCCACCACAGUUUUGUACAGACUCAUUUUUAUCGUUUACGUUACAUUAUCUUAUUUACGUCACAUGUCAUCACCGUUACAUUAUUGUUUUUGUUAUUAUGAAUAUUGUCGUUAUCACUGAAUGUCGUGUACGCUCGGGUCAGUCUUUAAUAAAGUAUUUGUCAAAUCAUAAAA